AUGGUUUACUUGUGCACUUACUCUGAAUGCAAGAAGAGACUAAGCUCAAAAUACAACCUUAAAAGGCAUAUAGAGUGUUGUCACAAGAAAUUGAGGAGAUUUGAAUGCAAUGUAUGCUAUAAAAAAUUUUCAUCUGCUCAAAAUUUGAAGGAGCAUAUGUUUCUUCAUGAAGAAGCUCAGCAAGCAAAACUUUCACUUCCUGAGAAUUACGUCCCAGAACGUGAUAUUUGUAUCCCUAAACUCACAGAUCUGGUCUUUUAUUCUAUUGAUCCAGAAAUCCGUCCAUUGAUAAAAGUGAUUCGCUUCUAUCCAUAUUCCCCAGUGACGGUAACUAAAAUAUAA